GUUCAUCAUGAGAGUCGCAACUUCGUUUACCUUCGUUUCGCUUUUGGCCUUGGCUCAAGCCAAUGGAGUGGUAUGGUUCCCAAGAAAUCAAAGUGGACAGUUUGGGAUUCUGAAUCUAACACCUGUCUCAUAGGCUGCCUCGUUGGACAAAAGAGCUCAAGAAGCAGCUGAUAUAGCCACAGCAUAUGCCACUAGCGAAGUCACCAUCACAAGCUGCGGUCCCGAAGUCACAGAUUGCCCGGCGAGCUCGACAAAUGUCCAACAACCUACUCCCGAGACAGAAACCCCGCCUGUCGCUAUUACAACGCCCGCUCCUGGCCCUGUCGAGACACCGGGGUCGACAGUGUAUGCUACAAAUGAGGUUACCAUUACCAGCUGUGGUCCUGAAGUUACCGAUUGCCCGGCCAGUUCGACUCAGGUGCAGAGUGCUCCUGCUGAGACACCAUCACCACCUCCGUAUACUGAGACUGCAACUGCUUCCUCCUCCGUUGUUCCUUCGCCGCCGCCGCCAUCUUCUGCCCCUGCUGAGGUGCCGGGCCCGUCUACUGUGUAUGCUACCGAUGAAGUUACUAUCACUAGCUGCGGUCCUGAAGUUACCGACUGCCCAGCGAGUUCGACAGCAGUGCAGUCGAGUGUUCCUGUUGAGACGCCGCCGACGCCUGUGACUGAGACCCAGACCGCUUCGUCUUCUGUUGUUCCUUCUCCGCCGCCGCCAUCUUCUGCCCCUGCUGAGGUGCCGGGCCCGUCUACUGUGUAUGCUACCGAUGAAGUUACUAUCACUAGCUG